AUAUUCUGCAGGUUUGCGGACGUAGUUACCCUUUCUUCUCCUAGGGUUUUCCCAGAAUAUUCACCAAGGGAGUUGAACAACUUGAUCCAACUCCCACUUACCGCAGGGUCCAGUUGUUUAAUCGAGUUGGUGGUUCCGGGAAUGGACAGAAGAAGACCGUAAGACGAGGGCGCUAGCUGGAAUGAGGAAGUCGUGUGGUCGGUUGUCGAAGGGCCAGGGGAGGGGCGUGUGGUCGUUUACGUUGGUUCCCUUUUUCGUCCUGUCGUUCCCACGUUCGGAGGCAGACCCGUCAACCGGAGGCCGGAGGAUGGAGUUGAUGGACUCAUGGUCUAUGGAGACUGGAGAGAGGAAGUUCUGGGUCGUUGUCGUUGCCGUUGGGUCGGCGGCUCGGGGGUCAGGCGACCGGGGGAUGAAGAUGUCAGGGAUACCGAACGGGAAUGGCUCGAGUGGGGUCUAUGGUCCCGGCGUAUAUUAAAUUUAAAAAUCAGGUAGAGUUGUGGGGGCAAGGAUCUGUCUCAGAUAAGGUAUUUCUCCGUCACCUAGCGUUAACUCGUGGCGAGCUCGACUCUUCAGUGUUGUAACUGAGUGCGGAUAUCCUUACGCGGAAGCUCUCAAGAGUCAAGACAGCUGACAGAGUCAUGCUAGUAGCGCUUCGUAACUAGCCAACUCCCUGACAUCCUCGAAAGGCUUUACGCCGGCAAUAUCUGUACAGCCAACUUGCAGAUGGAGUUUGUCCCUGCGUCUCUAUGCCCGGGCCAUCUAUGAGCUUCAGGUUCAGGUUGUCGCACCAGUCAGAACGCC